AAUCUGGUCUCAGUCGUGCGCGACGCGCCAUAUGCGGUGGAUCAUUUGUCAAAGUGCUUACAAAGGCCAAUAAUCGUCUCGCAUGACACGUGUGAUCCCCCGAUAAAAACUGCCACGUGCUGGCAACUAACCCCUCCACGGUUAUCAACCCCCCUGAACCGCUCCCGGAAAUUUGACGGAAAAACUUGAUCCAAGUCCAAUGUCCUAGUGGUGAUCGGAGGACCUCCAGGUCCGGUGCUCUCGCGAUUGAAUCUUCCGACUAAAACUAAUAUCUCGCAGGGUAAAAGAAACAAGGGAUGUGAUAUUUUUCUUUCGAGAGCUUGUAACAGGUUUUCUUUCGAAACCUUGGUCAGAUUUUGCCAGGAAAGUUUGGAUGUUGGAUACAAUGCCGUUGAAUGUACCUUGGCGAGCAGACUGAAAAGGUGAUAUUGUUAGACGGUCGCAUGGGGUGUACAAAGAUAGUCCUUCUUGGAACUCGGACGAACGGAAAUCUGUGGUAAUCGAUCGGACCUUGAGUGAGACUUACGUUAAAUAUAAUUGAAUCUCGAAUAUCAGUGUAAUUGCACGAAAGAGACAGACGUCGUUAGGGGAAAGAAUUAUGCACGCACAGCUUUUUGGCGCUAUCCAACAACGGAUGAAAAUCUCGUUAAGCGCGGGAGAGAGCCGAAAAUUUCAGGAUGCAUAAUCAGAGAUAUCAACCAAGUGAUUAGAGUCCUUCUCGAGCGUGGAACAGCCACGCUGAUGCGACAUUUUCCUCGCUCUUUUUCCACCUAGUCUUGUACUCCAGUACAAGAGGGUAGUUGUUACGGUCUUUGAACUGCAACGGAAGCUGCUGCCCGCAGGGAACAGCGGGGCAUGGAAGAUGAACGCGACUGACGAAGGAUUAAAGCUAGAGUGAAAGCAGCGAAGAAUUGAGAAAAUUAUUCGGAGCAACGAAGAUGAGGCAGCGUGCUGCGUUCUACCUACUUUCGUUGCUACUUUUCUCGUUGGCCAGUUUUUGUGGAGCUUUCGUUGAAACUCGGGGAUGCAAUCGCACUGUCAGAAAUUCUAUCGGAUGGAUACGUUGGACAGGAAGAAUGGGGCGGUGUAUCGUUCACAUUGUGGCACCUUCUAGAGACCCUCAGACGCAGGUGAUCGAACUAAAAAUUAGACGACUUCAAGUUGGUUUUCUGAAAGAAACCAAAUGUGAAGGUGCUUAUAUUCAAUUUUUCGAUGGCGGAAAGGAUGUUCAGAAUAAAACAGGACGUUACUGCGGUCACGUGAAUAGCAAUGCAACAAGACUGUUCCUAAGAAAGGGGCCCAACCUGACAAUCAUAAUGGACUCGGACGUAGAGUUUGCAACCGAAAACCCAGUAAUCUUCUCCGCCCAAUUUUCGAUUUUACCAGCGCACUUGGCUGCCGAGCGUCACCGCGGUUUUUCUCCGUCCUUUUCAUUCGACUGUCCAGUGGAGUGCGUCGUAAGAAACGACCAAAGAUUCUGCAAGUUGAUGUCCCCGGGUUACCCGGGCGUCUAUCCCCGCGGUAUCAGAUGCAGGAUCGCCCUGGAAUCGAAUUCGGGUCGCUUUAAGAUCGGAGGCCAACCGACCGAUAUUUUCGAUCUGAUGAACCACACGUCCCAGGACAACUGCCAGACGGAAAACUGCGAGAGGCACAUAGAAAUCGUCCCGGAAGCACCGAAGACGAGGGUCGCUAAGUCGAUCGGGUAUCUGCCGGGAUAUAUGUCCUACAGGAGGCCAAGGAGCCCCGAUCACGAGGAGGAACUGGAAUUUAUCAUUGGACAAACGUCGCACAAGUUUAAGAGGAAUAGAAAUAAUCGAAGAAAAGUUAGGAAAGAUAAGAAGAAAGUCGGAUCGAAAGAUCUGUACAAGUCUCGUAGAAGAUACGUAGCUGAGGAUAGAAGGAAUCGUCCGAAAGAGAUAACUGAACAGUCUUCUGCUUUUCAUGGGUUUAAAAAGGACCCCAAGCUAUUCGUCGGGUAUCACGACGAGGAAACAUCGCCAGAUUAUGUGCAAAGGAGACUUCGUCGCCCGCAGCAAAUUAAUAAAAAGUCUAUGGACUCCAGUUCGUGGAAGAACUUUGACCUGCAAGAUGUAUCGAGGGAGAAUUUGUCUCCUGACGGAACACAGGACAUUCUGAGGAAGGAGACUCAAGAGAAAAACACUGUACAGGUUUCCGAGUAUGGAUACACGAGGAGGGGUCGCACGCAAGAUAAAUUAGGAAGCACCAGUUGCGUCGGCGAUUAUCUUGCUCUCAUGGAGAACGUAGAUGGGAAAAUUCUGGAGAUCUCCAAAUUUUGCGGCGAAGGUCACGUGCCGCGAAUAAUUACUCGAGGGAAGAAUAUUAUCGUUGAGUUUUACGCGCAGCAAGAUGGCACGAUAAUGCACGACGGCUUCCAAUUGUCCGUGCAAGAAAUGGAGCAGACGGCUGUGACACAUAGCCAAAGUUGCGAUUUCGUUUAUAGGAGUUCGGAACGUACUAGGGAAAAUAUUAAAUCGUUGCCGAACUGGUAUCCUCCGGACACGGUGUGCAGCUAUAAGUUCAUAGGCAGGACCUCUGAGAAGAUUUCGGUGUACAUGAAAAUAAUUAGAAACGAACUGGAUUUGGAAUAUGCACCUCAGACUCGGAACCUUAGUCUGGGUUAUUGCUCUGGAAAUGAAAUUGCAGUUUAUAAUGGAAUAGAAGCAAAUAAUAACAUCCUAAUGUGGUCCUACUGCGACGUGUCUCAUCAAGACAUCAAUAAUAUUCAGGUUCCUCUCACCUCCAGCGGAAACGAAUUGUUAAUACAAUAUUACAGUGCCAAAGGUUCUUACGACGGCCAAGAGUUCACCUACACGAUAUCCUACAGGUUUCUGAAGAAGUCGAAGAACUCCACGAAUAGGCGUCAAAUACAGGACGACUUCAAGUUAAUUUCUCUUAGGCCCGUCAAUUUUUCUGCGCUGAAUUUGAACGACAGCGAAUACUGCAAUUGUGAUUUUGGUGACAGAAUAGGCAGCUUUAAAAACUGGUUCAUGGUUCUGGUUGUGCUGGGAAUUAUUUCGUUCCUAGGAGCCAUUUUUACGAUAAUCACGCUCCUCGUUAAAUGUAUGAAAAUAAGAUCCAUGGAGAAGCGACUGCUGCAGACUCCGAAACUGUGAAUCUAAUCAAAUUUUGUACUACUUUCUAGCUGUGCGAAGGAAAAUAUUUUCUAAACGAACUCGUCACAAAAUGGCGUAAAUUGUUCGAAUUUAAUUUGGAUGAAACUUUGAUAAAAGUACAUUUUAUACAGUGCAGUAAUUUGAGUUUGACGGAAACUGCUUUUUGGAUUAGUGAAAUCAAUAUCCGUAACCGAUAAU